AUGGGCGCCGGUGCUCGACUCGUUCCAUUCUUUCUUCCACUGGGCGUGGAUUCCUUGUCUGAGAGUUUCCCCCUGUAUGCCUGUAUCUUUGACCGUACCCUUAAGAGAACAGAUGAGACUGAGACGGCGAACCUGCUGAACGAGAACCGGAAGCGAACUCGGAGUGGCGAUGCCUUCACACCGUCGGACUCGGCGGGUCGAAUCACCACUGAGAUGUGGAAACUCAUCGGCUCCCUGAGGGACGAGGUCAAACAUAAUCAGCACAUCCUACAGGAACAGAAUGAGAAGCUCCAUGAGGAACUCAAGGCUCUGCAAGCUCGAAUCGAAGCUGCUCCGCCGACGGCCCCAGCCAGAUCCUGGGCCGAAGUUGCGGCAGGGGGUAGCAACGUCGACCCGAGAGACAACGAGAACACCGACGGAAACACCUUUGCACGAUACCUCUCAAUCGAAGCAGCAUACACCCAUAUCCAGACCGCACUCACAAACGCUGUCUUGACGCAAGACGCCCAGUUAGCCGGGGUUGGCACCACCAAGAGAGGCUACGUCGUUAGGUUCAAGGACCCAGAAUCGGCUGGAAUGGCCCGCACCAACACUGAAUGGCUGGAAAAAAUGGGCAACAACACGAAACUGGUAAAGCCACGAUUUGGUGUGGUCGUGCAUCGGACUCCAACGGAGGAUCUCAACCUAGAAACUGACUACAAUCAGGUGAUAGAGAAAAUCACAGAAGAAAACGAUCCGGCAGAACGAGGCUACUGCAUCGAGGGUGUGGCAUGGCUCAAGAGAGCAGACAAGGCCGUCGGGAAGUUUGCAUCCCUGGGAAUCUGGCUCGACUCCCCAGAGGGGGGUGGAGCAUUUCAUCAAAAAGGGCUUCGUGGUCGACAAACGGUAUAUAGGGAGCGUGGAGCGACGUGGGAUCAAGAAAAAGAUGUGCUUCCGAUGCCAACGAUUCGGACACCUGGCAUGGUUGUUGCGGUGUAUCGGUAUCAGCCUGCUGUAGAUCCUGGCCUGUCACUAGCAUUGGGGCUGGAUAGUAGGAUUUCUUAA